CGAGUAUUUAGUCUCCUUGAACAAUGCACUGAUAGCCAAUUAGCCGAAGCUUAUAUUUAUUAAUUUAUUAUCCUAAUAAUAUAUUAUUCGAUCCCCAUAUUUAUCUCUCUCGUACGUGCCCAUGGAGUCCUACGGCGGCGGCGGCGGCACGCGGACGUCGGCGUCCUCGCGGCGCCCCUGCACGGCGGCGGCGGUGCCCUCCCGCGCCGGCUCGGGCGCCUUCGCGUACGACGGCAUGCGCGCCACGCCUCUGUCCACGUCCACGGCCAACUUCACGCGCUCCCUCCGCAAGGCGGCCUCCUUCGCGCACAAGAAGGCGCCCCCCAGCGCCGACGCGCCGCCGCCGCGGCGCGCGCUGAGCAGCAAGGAGAACAGCAGCAGCGCCACCAUCGGUGCGGCGUCGAAGGAGGCGCUACUGGAGUCGCCGCACCGGCCGUCGGUGCCGGAGCCUGCAUCCGCCGUGAACGGUCGGCCCUGGGAGCCGACAAGGCGGAGGCGGAGCACCGGGACGGUGGUGAAUGAGGCGGGCGCGCUGCGGGAGACCGUGGCGCCGCGCAGGAAGCAGGAGCCGGAGCCGGAGAAGGAGGAGGCCGCGCACCGGGCGCGCAUGCUGACGGCGCGGCUGCUGCAGUGGCGCUUCGCCAACGCCCGCCUGGAGAAGGCCGUGGGCCGCGCCACCUCCGCCGCCGAGAACAAGCUGUUCUACACGUGGCUGCGCGUGGCGGAGCUGCGCAACAUCCAGGCGGCGAAGCGGAUCGUGGCCCAGCGGCGGCGGCAGAAGCUGGAGCUGGCCCGGCUGCUCCGCCCGCAGCUGCCCCUGCUGGCCGCGUGGGAGGCCCUCGCCAAGGCGCACACGGACGCCACCGCGGACUUCGGCCGCGUCCUCUCCGCCGCCUGCACCAACCUCCCGCUAGCCGCCGGCGCGCGCGCCGACGUGGACGCGCUGCACGAAACCAUGCGCUCCUGCGUGGGCACCGUGGACGAGAUCGAAGCCAGCAUCACCGACGUGUUCUACGCCACGGCCGGCGCGGCGAGCGGCGCGCUGGGCGAGCUCGCGCGGACGAUCCAGCAGGAGAUGGAGUGCCUGGAGGAAGCGACGCGGCUGUCGAGCAUCGUCACCGGCUUGCAGAUGCAGGAGGUGAGCCUCCGGGCAAAUCUGAUGCAGGCAAAGCAGAGGAGGAUUGGCCUGGGGCUGGGGCUGGGACCGGCCGCACCGGCGCUCGCGACUUCUGGCUGGUGUUUUUGAUCGGCCGGACCAGACAUGAACAGAAGCAGAGUACAACUACUCACCCACUAUAAAUUAAUAAGGAAAUUGAUUAAGGUGCGAGACUUGUGUGUUUCAUGGCGAAGGGCAAGCCGCUUUGAUUCGACGUGUGUGCUUAGCGUAUACUACAUGCAUGCGUGUGUCUGCAAUAAUAAUAAGUUAAUAGUGGUAGUAGAUGAUGAUGCCGAGAGGGGAUCGAGCAUAUAUUUCUAGCUAGUGAGGUGUAUUUAUUCAUUUCCUCUUGGUGGGGGCUUUCAGAUUAUAUUCAUUUCGUGUUUAUGUAUGGAUGCUGUUUGAGUUAAAUUCGCUGGAACCUGUGCUCCUGUGCAGACUAUGUAAUUCAAGUUAUUCAAAUACUUACGUAUUUAUGAACUCAAUACAUCAGUCAU